GCCGGUUCCGGGCUGGCGGGAGAGACGCGAGCGCUACGGUGCUGCCGGGCAUGAGGAUGCCGGUGGGUGCAGCCGCGGGGGAAGAAGGGGCCGCGCAGAGCCCCGGCCCCGCCGCCGUCUCCCUGGGCUUGAGCGUGGCCGUGGUCUCCAGCCUGGUGAACGGUUCCACCUUCGUGCUGCAGAAGAAAGGCAUCGUGCGGGCGAGAGGACGAGGUACUUCAUAUUUAACAGAUAUAGUAUGGUGGUCUGGUACUAUUGCAAUGGCACUUGGUCAAAUUGGGAAUUUCUUGGCCUACACUGCAGUUCCAACUGUGUUAGUGACUCCUCUAGGAGCUCUUGGCGUUCCAUUUGGGUCCAUUUUAGCUUCUUACUUACUGAAAGAAAAACUCAACAUUCUCGGCAAGUUGGGAUGUCUGCUGAGCUGUGCUGGGUCUGUUGUUCUCAUAAUCCAUUCCCCAAAAUCUGAGAGUGUAACGACUCAGGCUGAGCUUGAAGAGAAGCUUACAAAUCCAGUGUUUGUGGGCUACCUCUGCAUAGUACUUCUCAUGCUUCUUCUGCUUAUCUUCUGGAUAGCGCCAGCUCAUGGACCCACUAAUAUUAUGGUUUACAUCAGUAUUUGCUCACUGUUGGGCAGUUUCACUGUGCCCAGCACAAAAGGCAUUGGGCUGGCUGCUCAAGAUAUCUUUCACAAUAAUCCAUCAAGUCAAAGAGCCUUGUACCUCUGUUUGGUUCUUCUGGCAGUGUUAGGAUGUAGCAUCAUCAUUCAGUUCAAGUAUAUCAAUAAGGCACUGGAAUGUUUUGACUCAUCUGUGUUUGGUGCCAUCUACUACGUCGUGUUCACCACUUUAGUCCUGCUGGCCUCAGCCAUCCUUUUUAGGGAGUGGAGUAAUGUGGGAGUGGUAGAUUUCUUGGGGAUGGCUUGUGGAUUUAUCACUGUAUCUAUUGGAAUUGUUCUUAUACAAGUCUUCAAGGAGUUCAACUUCAAUAUUGGGGAUUUGAAUAAACCUAAUGUGAAGACAGAUUAAAAUCAUAUUUGAGGGGAACUGGAUGGCUCAGGGAAUGAUACAGAGCCUUCCAUUUCUAGGUCACUGAUUCCAACAUGAUUGAGAUUGGCAGACGUUACCCUCUGAGAGAGUGGUAGCUUGUGUGAAAUGAAUUGGUGGCCUACAUCCAGUUUUAAUGGACAGUUAUCCACGUACCCAAAAUCACCAUAAUAAGUUGACAUUAAUUGGUAUAAUUGCUGACUGUCUCAGCAGGAAGGCUAAGGAAUGAAUCAGCAUAGAGACUGAUGUAUCUCCUUGCCCCUAAAAAGCUGAUCGAUCCAGAAAAGGUUUGAUGACAUUCUGGCAGGCCAGUGUAGUAAAUCUUUACAUUAGACUGCCUGUGAUGUACUCGUUCUGUGG